AUGGGUAUAAAUUUGCGGGUAGCGCGACUGCAAGGCUACACGGAGCCUGACGCUCACCUCUUUCCUGAAUUAUACGCACUCGAAUUCUGGGCGCAUAUUGUCGAAGUAUAUUCAAAGACGGCUGUCACAAUACUCAAAGACAAGCUUAUUGCAUUGUCUGGAAUGGCGCGUUGGAUGGCCAAUCAGUUCAACAGACCAGAAUCUACAGCUGUGCCACAGCAAGAUCAUUUCACCAAUGAUAAUGCUGAUGCAGCGCCUGAAGGUGUAAAGUACGUAGCCGGGCUAUGGGAUUUACACCUCGAGAGCCAGCUCCUGUGGUACGUGGAGCCAACGUUUCGGCACAUGGACGACAGCUUCGAUCAUCUCACUACGUUCUACCCGGAUUAUCUCGCGCCAUCGUUUGCUUGGGCAGCUAUAGAUACUGACCAAGCGAGCGGCAUCAAAUACGGGGCGCCUACCGACAGAGACCUUUAUAUAUCCGUCAAAAGUAUAUCAGUAAUCGAACAAAAAGAUUUUGACGAGUUCGGAUUGCUGGAGGAUGCACGUCUCUUGCUUGAGGGCAAGUUGCGCAAGGCUACUCUCAAUAAGAAGGACAAAGGUCGUUUCGGAUGGAGACUGGUUGACCGGGGCGAUCUGGAUAACGACGAGCACACCAUCGUCUACUUGGACUGCCCUGCAAGAGAAGACGAGUCAGUGUGGGGGCCAGAUGCCGAUGUUUACGUAGUACCUGCUGCGAAAACUAACCGGAAGGAUCCGGAAGGAUCGAAGUAUCUGACUUGCCUGAUCCUGAGGUUCGAUAGGAAACGGAAGGCAUUUCGAAGGAUCGGUCUGACAAAGCUCAGUCCGUACUCCGAUCACAGAUGUGUAGAUGAUCCAGGUAUUCUCGAACCAUAUCUCAGCGAUGUACAGAUGCCCGGAAAGUACAAUCCAGCCACCGGUAUGCGCCAGUUCGUCCUCAUCUGA